CAAAUCGCUCUAUUCUCUUAGCUUUUCCCACUACAAUGGCAUCCCUCACAUUACUGGCUUGUGUUCUGUUCAUUCUCCUUCCUGUAAUAAGAUCCGACCCAGAUGCAUUGCAGGAUUACUGUGUUGCAGACAAUGCAGCUUCCUCAACUGGAAUGAAUGGGAUUCCAUGUCUGAACCCUGCAGAGGUUCAUGCAGAGCAUUUCAAGACAUCAAUUCUGGGCAUUGCAGGCAAUACAUCAGGCACAGGACUAGCGGCAACUCCCAUUACUCCACAGUCCAUGCCAGGGAUUAACACCCUUGGAUUGACUAUGAUUCGCUUUGACAUAGCCCCAAAAGGGCUCAUUCCUCCUCAUUCUCACCCAAGAGCCUCUGAAAUGGUGUUUGUGCUGAGAGGGCAUUUGAGUGUUGGAUUUGUUGAUACCAACGGCAAGUUUUUGUCUACAAAGAUCACACCAGGUGAUGCUUUCAUCUUUCCCAGAGGCACCUUACAUUAUCUGAAAAACAUUGGGAAGGUGCCUGUUGUUCUGAUUGGUUCCUUCAACAGCCAAAAUCCUGGUACAAAUCUUGUCUCUUUGGCCCUUUUUGCUUCCACUCCUCCCAUUUCUGACAACAUUCUGGCCCAAGCAUUCCAGAUUGAUGUCGGUCAGGUGGAGAAGAUCAGGAAAAGCUUUGGUGGUUGAUAUUCUCUGGGAUAUUGAGUAGUCCAUUUAAGUGUCAGUAUUUUUAUCUGUGUCUGUCAAUUCUUAUUACGUAUCCAAAAACUCCAUCUCUGUAAGAUAUGAGAUGUGAGAUGUUUCAGGUGUCAGAGUGCUUUUAUCUGUAUCUGUGAAUUCCUAAAAUAAGAUCAAGGAGAUGAUUGGUUGUUCUCCCUGUGUUAUGUGUAGAUAGUUGCAUAUUAUAUGCACGAUUCUGGGUGGGCUGUGUUGGAUUGUAAACAUCAAGUACUUUCACAGUCAAGCAAUAACAAUAUACCUUGUACUGCAUUGUACUCA